AUUCCUCUUUCUGUGCAAGGAUCGUGCAAGGAGGGCGCUCGGAGAUGUGGAAGGAUCUGCUUUUGAGGCCACUGAGGCAAAUGAAGAAUCCUGCCAACUUGAGCUGAUACUGGUCCAUGCUUCCAAGUUAAUAACAAAUUCUUCUAUAACCAAUCCUCGAUGACCUGUGAACCGUUUACUUAUGGCGGCUGUCUCGGAAACGCGAAUAAUUUUGUCACUGAACGGCAAUGUUUGCACACCUGCCGGACUGUAGCUGCCUGCAGAUUGCCCAUAGAAGUCGGCCCUUGCAGAAAGAGCAUUGAUCUCUGGGCAUUUGAUUCUGUUGCUGGCAAAUGUGUCACCUUCAUGUACGGUGGGUGUGAAGGCAACGGGAACAAGUUCUACACGAAGAAGGAGUGUGUGGAGUACUGCGACGCAAUCCCAGAAGGGGAGGAUGAGCUUCUGGCUGUUCCAAAGUAAACCUAGCCAGGAAUAAAAGUUUAAGGACAACACUGGAAGUAAUGAUUAGAAACAACGAUUUAAAGCAGUGGCUCACACAGGGAACAAGAGUCUGAUUCUAAAAACAAAUGGCAGAGGCAAGGAACUUGCACAUGCUCAUGUUCAAUAGAGUGACCAUGUUCUUUAAUAUAUUCAUCAAUAAACACCAAAUAAUCAAAUGAA